CUCUCUCACUGCUAGUGACUAGCCUUCCUUGCUGCCCCUGCGGCUCUGCCCUUUUUAUUCUUAUCUCCUCGCCCUUGCCCCUCUCGUUCACCUCCUUACCUGUUGUUUUCCUCUCACCUCCCUUGACCCCUCGUCCCAUCCCAUGCUAAAGCCCAGGGUUAGGAGCUAGAGGUAAUCUCCCUCUCUCCCCGUCGGCGUCGGACCUCUCCCCACCGGUCGGUCAAGCCCACCCCAGUGGGGGGCGCGCGGGCGCCGCAUGGAAGCUAUGGACGUCAAGUACAAGCCCGUCAUGUUCCCCAACGGCGCCGCCCUCAAGAAGGCAGUAAAGCCGGCGGCCGUGGCGCCGGCCGGGGAGCCGCUGUACCGGGAGUGCCUCAAGAACCACGCCGCCAGCCUGGGCGGCCACGCCGUGGACGGGUGCGGCGAGUUCAUGCCCUCCCCCGGGGCCAACCCCGCCGACCCGACGUCGCUCAAGUGCGCCGCGUGCGGGUGCCACCGCAACUUCCACCGCCGGACGCUGGAGGGCUCACCCCCGCCGCCGCAUGCGCCCGCGCCGCUGGCGCUCCCGCCGCCGGCGAGCGUGCUGAUGCACGGCCAUCCGCACCGCGGCGGGGAGGAGACGCCCGAGGACCGACACCACCCGGGCGUCGUCGACGCCGACGACUCCGAUUCCGACUCGGAGGGCUCGGAGUACGACGAGGAGCGGUCGGUGUCCCCGCCCCCUCCCCCGCACGCGCCGUCGCACCACCACGUGCCGGCGCCGGUGGCGCAGCAGCCCCCGCCCUACUUCGCGACGGCGCCGCACAUGCUGCUCUCGCUUGGCUCCGGCGGCGCGCCCGGGGCCGCGGUGGCAGCGGCCGCGUCCGCGGCGCAGAGGCUGCAGGCCCCAGCACCCCAGCAGCUGACGCCGUCCAGCGCGCCGCCGGGCCCCGGCGGGGUCGGCGCGAUGCCGAUGCCCCGGAAGCGGUUCCGCACCAAGUUCACCGCCGAGCAGAAGCAGCGGAUGCAGGAGCUGUCGGAGCGGCUCGGGUGGCGGCUGCAGAAGCGCGACGAGGCCAUCGUCGACGAGUGGUGCCGCGACAUCGGCGUCGGCAAGGGCGUCUUCAAGGUCUGGAUGCACAACAACAAGCACAACUUCCUGGGCGGCCACAGCGCCCGCCGCAGCGCCUCAGCCUCCGCCUCCGCAGGCGCCUGCGCGCCGCUCCAAACCCCAGGCGGCGCUGCUGCACCGUCGUCAUUCAACCCGUCCAGGAUCACCCCUCCGCCUCCCGUCCUCACCUCUUCCCCGACCAGCGCCACAGGCUUCAACAUCAACGGCGCCGCCUCCUCGGCGCCCACCGUCGUCACCGCCGACCACACGGACAACGCCGCCAACGGAGCUUCAUCGCCGCAGUCCGCUUAAACUACUAGAGAAGAGAGGGAAUGGAGAAUGGAGAGAGAAACAUGUAGCUUAAUUUCAGUGAUCUGAUCACUCGUUUUCAUUUUUUUUUUCUUUAGACUUUCCAUCUGCUAAGAAAUUAACCCCAAGAAAGCAUGCCGCCAUGCGCCAUGCCUAGAAAUCCAAGCUUCCUCCUACUGUAGUACCGUGUAUGCCUCUUGGGAUCCGAUGAUGAUGUUGAUGCUGAUUUUAGGAUUAGAUUAUCUCAUCCCAUCCCAACCAAAAAGAGGUACUACUAGUAGUAGCCAGCCGUUCUUGGUUGUUGUUCUUGUCCUCUCUUUGAUUGAGCUCAUCGAUCUCACUCAAGAGCCGUGCUCAGGGGAGCAAGAGCAAGGCAAAGGGUUCUUGCUUCUAGACUCCUAGGAUCCCAUGCUGUUGUGCUGUGGCACUGGCAUGUUGCGCGAAACGGAAGCAGCCUCCGAAAGCCCUUGCUCCUCUCAGCACUGAUCCGCACUUCCGCCCAUAAAUUAAUUUGACUUGGCUUUGUA